UUUUUUAAUUUUUAAUAUUUGAACAAUGCUUUAUCGUGUUUGAUCGCUGAUUGCUAAUUGCGAUGAGCCGAUGACCUUUUACCCCCGGUAUAUUUCAGUUAGUUGGGACUUUGGGGUUUUGAGUGAUCAAAAAAAUAAACCGCCUUGCCUCCGAUGAACACAAAAACGCCGCCGUUUCUGCGGUGGUUAGCGGUGGUCGUAGCGGUCGGAGCUCUGACAAUUUCCGCUCGCAUAACAGCUUCAAACGAAGAUCCUGUCAUUUCUCGUAUCGCCUUCGGAUCAUGCGCCGACCAAAGCUCUCCUCAGCCAAUAUGGGAUGCAAUAAAUGAGUAUGAUCCUCAAGUGUUCAUAUGGUUGGGUGAUAAUAUAUAUGGAGAUAAUAAGAGGCCUUUUAGGGUUUUUGGGAAAGAAAGGACUAUUGGACCCUGGAAAAAUGUGCCCCGGUUUUAUCCCGUCUCGGAGCAGGAAAUGCGGGAUAAGUACAGUAAGGCGAAGAAUGGUCCCGGUUAUUCUCGUCUCAGGCAGACUGCUAAGGUCAUUGGCACAUGGGAUGACCAUGAUUACGGGUUGAAUGAUGCAGGGAAAGAAUUUAGUGAGAAGAUCACAAAUCAAAGACUUCUACUCGAUUUCUUGGAUGAACCUCAAGACAGUCCACGGCGCAAACAAGCUGGUGUUUACACAUCAUAUACAUUUGGCCCCUUGGGCAAAAAAAUUAAGGUUAUACUUCUAGAUACCAGAUACCACAGAGAUCCGUUGCGUAGUGAUGGAAGUAUUCUAGGAGCUUCACAAUGGUCAUGGUUGGAGAAGGAGUUAAGUGGGCCUGCGUCUGCUAUAACUAUUAUUGGCUCUUCUGUUCAGGUUGUAUCAAAUAUUUCAGCAACAACCGGCCCUCUAUUCCAUUUGGAGUCAUGGGGAAGAUUUCCAAAGGAGAGGAAGCGACUCUUUAAGUUAAUAUCAGACAGUAAGAGGGAUGGAGUCUUCUUUAUAAGUGGUGAUGUUCAUUUUGGAGAGAUCACUCGAUAUGACUGUGGUAUCGGAUAUCCCCUGUAUGAUGUAACCUCAAGUGGGCUUACCCAAGCUGUAGAGAAGGUGAUCCCAUCACCUUUUCAGUCAUUUGUGAGAUUUGUUGCAUGGCUGACACCUACUACAAUGCGAGUCAAGAACAAAAGUUGCAGAUACAAAUCAUGCACAUAUGGACAACCAAACUUUGGGGUUGUAGAUGUAAAUUGGGAUGCUGUCCCGGUGAGUAUAAAACUCGAAGUGAGGGAUGCCAGGGGAAUGCCUGUUCAUAGCGUCAAUGUAUCAUUAUCCGACCUCCAAGCCAGACACAAAGGUUCCGAAUAUAGCAUGAAAGCAGGAGAGCACAGGAGACACUGCUCUCUCGAAGUUACUCUACCACGGAUUAUCAGAUAUCGUUUAGCCAUCCUAUUCUUUUGCACUUUAGCUGUACUGCUGCUGCUUCUUGCGGGGCUAUUUUAUGUGGUAAUAUCAGCCUUCAUUCGGUGCAUUCGCAAGCACAAACUGGAUUAACCUGUGGCAUUCUGUCAGACUUAUGUUGAGUCCCAUUAAAUUUUGGAACCAGUAAUCAGCAUUACCACGCAGUGGAUAUCCCAAGUUUUGGUAUGGCAAACUCUGAUACCACAUUGGAUGAAAGAGUUAAUGUGAAUCGAACUAUUUGUUUGAUUUUAAAUUGAUAGAUGUUUUAGAAGUGAAGUGAAUACUAGGUCUUUGGUCAAGACGAGAGGUUUGAUACAAGGGAAAAGUCAGUAGUGGCAUAGACUAACAAAUACAUCGAUAAAGUUGAGUGAAAUAGGCAGACCAUGACCAUAUUAGCCUCUGUCCUUUUAUUAGUGCAUGUACUCGGAAAUUACCGGGCAUUAUUUUGGUUGUACUUGGUUUUUAUGAGUUUAUUUUCUGCAUUUAGCGUCA